AUGGCUCCAAUCAAUUUUGGCGUUCUCAUGAUACCCUAUCAAACAAUCGACGCUGCUAUGCCUCUGGAUGUUCUGAGCUCAUGUUCCAAAUCAAUGAUGGAAGCUUGCCAAUCUCCCGAGGCUCCGGAAAUUGAUCGGUUGCUACCUCACGCAAUUGAUAUCAACUUCUUUCACAUCAAUGAAACCUUGGAACCAGUUGAGCUCACUGCUGGAUUCAAAGUGGUACCAACAACCACUAUCAAAGAUUGUCCACCACUUGAUUACCUCCUUGUUGGUGGUCCAAUACCAACCUACCAACUCCCUGAAUCUUUCAAAAGCUUUAUUCGUGCCCAUGUUGAGGCAGGCAAGGGCCUUUUCACUACAUGCACUGGUGCCGUAACCGUUGCUCAGACGGGAAUCUUGGAUGGAAAGAAAGCAACGGUGAAUCAUACUUUCAUUGAACACGCUAAGAAGUAUUUUCCAAAUGUAAAUUGGACAAUCGAUGCUCAAUGGGUUAUUGAUGGUAAUAUUUGGACGGCUGGCGGUGCCUGUGCUGGGAUGGAUAUGAUGGCUAGUUGGGUAAUGGGUAGGGUUGAGAUGGAUCUGGCAAAGUUUGCAUUUGAGGUUUUGGAUUAUGAACCUAGGGAUGUGAGAGGUGAUCGAGUUCUUCCUCAGCAACACCACCAUAUCGUUGAAGCCUAA